AUGUCCGCCGCGGAAGGCGCGUAUGUGGCCGACAGAUACAAUUGGGGGGCCGCCUCCGUGUACAUGGUUUUGACCGUCAUAGGUUUCCUAAUCGUGGACAGAUUGCACAGCCGCCCAGUGAAGGAGAAUCAUCACGUCGACAGCGAGAGUCAGAACGCCCAGGCCACCACUAAUGCGCCCUACCGGCCCGUCAACCAGAGUCAGAACAGCCUGCCUUACCCGAACCACCCACAGCAGCAGACGGCCAACCAACAACAGCAGACGGCCGAGCAACAACAGCAGACGGCCGAGCAACAGCAGCAGGCGGCCGAGCAACAGCAGCAGACGGCCGAGCAACAACAGCAGACGGCCAGGCCACCGAUGCCGGACACUCAUUAG